AUGGCGGACAAGACGUUGAACAAGUCUGAGAUCGAAGACGUCCCUGGCCAAGAACAACUCGAUGUGGCAAGCCUCAAAGAGGAGAUCCAAGAGGAUGACCCUGUUCGCGUCAAGAAGCUCCUGCGGAAAGUCGAUCUGCAUCUUGUCCCCAUCCUAUCCCUGCUGUUUUUAUGUGCUUUCAUCGAUCGUAUCAACAUAGGCAAUGCUCGCAUCCAAGGACUUGAAGCCGAUCUCAACAUGUCAGGACAAGAUUACAACAUUGCUCUAUUCCUCUUCUUCGUCCCCUAUAUCCUUCUCGAGGUUCCCUGCAACAUGAUGUUGAAGAAACUCCGCCCUUCUGCCUUCCUGGCCACCAUUAUCGCCGGCUGGGGUAUCGUCACCGUCUGCCAAGGUCUUACACAAUCAUUUGCUGGGCUGGUUGUCUGCAGAGUCAUCAUCGGAGCAUUGGAGGCAGGCUUUUUCCCCGGAUGUGUCUACAUCUUGACAAUGUAUUACCGUCGUCAUGAACUCCAAUGGCGAUUCAAUCUCUUCUUCUCUGCCGCCAUCAUCGCUGGCGCGUUCAGCGGUCUCUUGGCCUACGCUAUCGCCCAUAUGUCUGGUAUUGCCGGAUACGGAGGAUGGAGAUGGAUCUUCAUCCUAGAGGGUAUCGCCACCGUCAUUAUCGCCGUCGCCAGCUACUGGAUUAUUCCAGACUGGCCCGAGACCGCCAAGUUUCUCAACGAAGAUGAACGAGAACUUUUGAUCCGCCGCUUGGCAGCAGAUAGAUCAAAUACACACAUGAGCCACUGGAAUAAGAAGACGGCAAAGCGGGUCUUCAGCGACGUCAAGAUGUGGCUCGGAACCGCCAUGUAUCUAGGAAUUGUGACAACAUCUUACAGCGGAGCAUUCUUCACACCUACCAUCCUCCGACAAUUGGGUUGGACAUCGAUUCGCGCUCAAGUCAUGUCGAUUCCCAUCUUCAUUUUUGCUACCGUGUGCGCCUUGUCCUGUGCCAUCGCUAGCGAUAAGCUCAAACAUCGGUUUGGAUUCAUUAUCUUUGGUUGUUUGGUCACUACCAUCGGCUACGUCAUCCUUCUCAAUAUGCACAGAGUCACUGUCGGAGUUCGCUACUUUGCACUCUUUGCGAUCGUUGGUGGAGGCUACAUCGCUCAGCCUAUUUGUCUGGUGUGGAUGAGCAACAACAUGGCGGGUCAUUACAAAGUCGGCGUGUCGUCAGCCGUGCAAGUUGGUCUUGGAAACACUGGAGGCAUCAUUGCCAGCAACAUGUUUGUAACUUCACAGGCUCCUGAAUACCCUCUUGGCUUUGGCUUGGGCCUCGGCCUGGUCUGGUUUUGCGUGAUCAGUUCUGUCGCAUUCUUGUUUUGGAUCAAGAGAGAGAACCGACUGAGGGAUCAGGGGAAGAGAGACUAUAGAUACAAUCUGCCCGAGGACGAGAAGUCGAACCUAGGAGAUGACCAUCCUUCUUUCCGCUUCACGAUUUGA